GUGGAUGCUCUCUACCAUAUUCACCUCAUCUCUGUUUCAACUACUUUUAACGGUUCAUUUCCAUAUGCAACAUCUAAAAUGUCUUCUCUUUCCUUCACAAAAUCAACACUGACAAGAGGCAAAGAUGAAGUUUAUGUGGCAGCAGUGCCACUAAGAGCUACAAAGGGAGUAGCCCAGCUUUUCAUGUCUACCGCGUACUCCCUCAAUCUCUGGGACUUGCAGCACUUCAUGGUCAUCGUCAAACCCUCUUCUUCUCCUCACGCUUCACAGGCCUUCGUUUUUGAUUUUCAACCUGAAGAUCCAGAAAACAUAUACACAGCACUUGCAGCUCUAUCUGGUAGAGCAGUACCAGAUUUGAAAGUUCAGCAGCCGUCCAAGUUAACAAAACUGCCUAGGAGAAAAUGUUGGUUUGUUGGAUAUUCCAAUGAGGAUGCUGUAGCUAAAGCCUACAAGUUCAACAACACAUGGGGAGCUGAUUUGAGAGUGGGGCUUCAUGACUGUCGAGAUUAUACUAAUGGAUUGGUUGAACACCUCACUGGUGAAAAACUCGUGCUGGAGCACCUGAGAAGGACCACGGAUGGUCAGAGUUAAAUCAUCAUUUCUGUACACUGCUUGAUCUCCAUUGUCUGCAAAUAUAAGUACAGUAGCAGUUUCAAUUUUGGUCUUGAAGGACCAUUUGCUGAUACCUUAGUUAUUAUAAAUUUCUUAGAGUCCAGAUUCUGGAAGUCUCAGGUUAAGUAUGGUUUAUGUUGCCUGUAUAGUAAAGGUUCUCUCACAAGGAAAUAUAUUUAUUUCUCUAUUUACACUAUAUUUUCUGUUUAUUUGGUUUCUUGACCUCCCAACUGCCACCUUGAAUGCAACAUGCCAAAUCCAUAUUUUUUAAGUUUA